AGAGCGAGGGAUUCAGUAAACAAAAGUCGCUGCGCGAAGAUGGAGCUACCUUCCCCGAUCACCUGGUUGGCGGCAGCCAUCCUGCUGGCCCUUUUCCUGCAUGCGCCCGCGGUCGAAGGCCAGGACUGCCAGCUGAUCUCGGAGAACGACAUGGACGCCGAGGAGGAGCCGUGCGAGAACUUCCACCAGCAUGUGUGCGGAAAUUGGUAUGCCACCAGUCAGCACCGGAAUCUGGGUGCCCACGACAUGCACUCCAAGUGGGUGGCCAGCCUGAAGCUGCAGCUGAUCCGGCAUCUGGAGAAGGACGCGGAGACGGAGUCCACCUCCUCCUCGCAGCUGGCCACCUUCUACAGAAGCUGCCUGUCCAGUGGCCAGUCUGUGAGAUCCUACACCGACGCCCUGGCCCGCAGUGGUGCCAACUUUCCCGUUCUGGCCAACACCAGUGCACCCUUCGACUGGAUUCUGGCCAAUGCCGCCCUGCGCACCUAUGGGGCUCAGGGUCUGUGGCGCCUGCUGGUCAAGGAGAACUGGCAGCUCGCCGAUCAGCGUAUCUUCUACAUCCUGCCACCCACUUUCGACUUCCUCGGCCAGGGUGACGAGUUGAACGAGUUCCUGUACCAGCGGUAUCUCAAGUUAUUGCUCCUGGAAAUGGGCCUGCGAGUGCGGAGAGCCGCUGGCUUGGCCCAAAAACUGGUGGAGUUCGAGAAGAGCCUGCAGGGCCUGCUGGCCAACGAUGUGGACAAGACCUUGGUGCUGAGGAAGCCACAGAGUCUCAGGGAGUUGGAGCUGCAAUUUCCGGGUCUGCAGCUGAAGAGAUACUUUGAGCACAUACUGCAGGGCGUGGACUGGCAGCCGGAGAGCCUGUUGCUAGUGGUGGACCUGGACUAUCUGCAGGCCUUGCAGAGAUUUCUGGCGCGCAACACCACCGAUCCCCUGACCCUGUCCACCUGGCUGCUGCUCCAGCUGCCCAGCCACUUUGAGUUGCGGCUCCACGACGAUGACAAGCUGAGCAGCCAGCAGGAUCUGUGCCUGGAGAGGUUGAGGAAGCUGAUGCCAGGACCUCUGGGUCGCCUGCAAAUGCAACUGGUGCUGGGCGAGGGCUAUCAGGAGGCCUAUGACACCAGUAUACAGCAGAUAGCCCUGCUGUUCAGGGAUCUCAAGCAGCAGUUCGAGCUGCUGCUGAACGAAACGCAGGUGUUCGAGGAUGAUGUGGCCACCCGGAAUCUGGCUCGCGAUAAACUGAGGGCCAUGCGAUUGCUGACGCCCCGUUUGCAGGAUGCCAUGGGCGGUCCUCCGGCGGGCACGCCCCCCCUGGGCCACAAUUUCGAUGAGAACCUCAUGCAGUUGUCCCUCAACCAGGCCCGACUGGAGUUCCGGCAGGUGUUCGGCGAGCCCGUGACCUCCGUCCCCUCGGAUCCCCUGGCCGUGAAUGCCUACUAUCGCCUCAAGUUGAAUCGCAUCGAGCUGCCGCUCGGCCUGAUGGCCACGCCCCUGGUCCAGCUGCCGCAGUGCAGCGGCAAGGAGGCGGAGGCCAGGGCUAAGCUCUCCUCCGGCCUGGGCUACAUCCUCGCGCACGAAAUCCAGCACGCCUUCGACUACGAUGGCAUAAAUUACGAUGCCAGCGGCCAGUUGGCCAACAACCAAUGGCCCGCCCGGGCCAUCAUCCGAUUCGGGCUGAGGGCGCAGUGCUAUCUGGGUGACCGGUACAGCAAUGCCACGCUGACGGUGAACGAUAAUAUCGCGGACAGUGAGGGCCUGCGCCUGGCCCUGGACACCUACCGGCGGCGCAAUGGCACCCAGGACCUGAGGACCUUCUUCGUGGCCUUCGCCCAGAACUGGUGCGGUCUGGCCGGGACGACGGCCGGCCUGGGCCAGCACUCCGGCCACGCCGAGAGGGUCAACAACGUGCUGGGCAACCUGCCGGAGUUUGGGGACACCUUCCAGUGCAAGGCCACCAGCCGGAUGAACCCAGCCGACAAGUGCCGCAUCUGGUGAGGGAAUCCAGCUGUCCACGUAUCUAUGCAUCACUAUUUAGCCUAGGUGGCGCUUUAAUAAAUUAUACAAUAACCUGAUUUAAUAAACAAGCUGUUGGAAAAUUUUCUAAAUUUAAAA